AUGUCUUGCGAGCGGGAAAAUGCUCGAUUCAGCCGCAUCCUUUGCAUCUUCCAGGGCAACGGUAGCUACGAGAUACGCCUGAAGUCGCUUCUGGACCCAGAAAACCGGCGAUUUGCGGUACAUGGCAACUCCGUGCCAGACGUCGACUUCGAUAUAGGAGAGUCCUAUGCAGGCUUGUUGCCAAUAUCUUCGAUUCCACACGACACUCGCAAAUUAUUCUUUUGGUUCUUCCCUUCAAUUACCCUAGACGCACCCCACGAGGUCCUCUCGUGGUUCCGAGGCGGCCCAGGAUGCAGUUCGCUUGGAGGAUUCAUCAGCGAAAAUGGACCUUUCACAUGGCUGCCAGGCACAUACAAGCCGGUUCGGAACGCCUACGAUUGGCGCAACCUGACCAACGUGCUUUGGGCUGAGGAGCCGGUUGGAUUUGGCUUCACAGAGGGAGCGUCUGACAUCACGAACGAAGAAGAGCUGGCCAAGCAAUACAUCGGGUUCUACAAGCAGUUUUUGGACACCUUCGAUCUUCGCGGAUGGGAUGUCUACCUCAGUGGGGAGAGUUAUGCAGGUUACUAUGUUACAUACGUCGCUAACGAAUUCAUCGACACAAACAGCCCAGACAUGCCAUUGAAGGGCAUUGCCCUCAACGGUGCUUUGAUUGGCGAUGGAACUCUCCAGCUAGCAAUGCCCAUUCAGCCAUUUGUGGAAUACUGGUGGAAUGUGCUAGGCUUGAACGAUACUUUCCGCAAAGCCUUUGCAGAAAAGCAAGACCAGUGUGGAUACUCGGCGUAUCUGGAUAUGUAUCUCAAGUUCCCGGCACCUCAGAGAUUGUUCUCAUCUCCAGUUUAUACUUCAGAAACCAACGAUGGAAGCUGCAAUACACAUGACGUCGCCGAGGCUGCGCUCUUCGAAGUGAAUCCUUGCUUCAACGCCUAUCACGCCACAGACUACUGUCCAAGGCCCUGGACUGUUCUUGGGCCGAUCAACGAUGACUUCGAUCCCGCUCCAAGAGCCAUCUACUUCAAUCGCCAAGACGUGAAGCGAGCCAUCCAUGCCCCUCUUGGAAGAAACUGGACCGCAUGCGCCAGCACACCUUCCAAGACUCAAAGUGUCUUCCAAGGUCCCAAUCAUAACGAGACAGGCGAGGACCAAAGUCUGCCACCAGGCCAGACUGACGUCCUACAGCGUGUAAUCGAGCACACAAACAACGUAAUCAUUGGCUCAGGGGGCCUCGGCUUCCUUGUCCCAAUGAACGGCACCCUCCUCUUUUACGUUCCAUCUCUUCCAGUGUACAAUCUUGGCUCCGUUGCAGGCUCUGGUCUGCUGGGGACAUGGGGAACAGAAAGGGGUCUGACGUUCUAUGAGGUCCAUCUGGCUGGGCAUGAGAUGCGGCAGUAUGCGCCUGGGGCGGCUUUUCACGCGAUAGAGCUCUUGUUGGGGAGAAUUGACAAUCUGGACGAUCGUGAAGGAUUCACCACGGUGGACGGCGGUGGGUCUUUUUUAUCAGCGGGAAUGGGCAUGAGUGCCAUUGAGACAGUCUCUAUCUUGUCACUGAAAUGUACGCCGAUGAUGAGCCAGUAUCUCAACGACACAUAG